CAGUCUGCAGAGAGGAAGGAAUACCACAGUACUGUUUAAACUGCUAGGGUUAACGGGUGGAUUUUUAAAUGUACAAAAUCAAUUGUAUCACAUAGUACCUCGUUAAUCUUAGCCAAAAGAUGGGAGGGUCAGCAUCAUUCACAUCGAGAGAGAGAGAGAGAGAGAGAGAGAGAGAGAGAGAGAGAGAGAGAGAGAGAUGGGGGAGUGUCAUCAUUCAGUGAUUGUUUUUUUUUUUCCCCGGUCGCGGUAGAGCUCCUCUACGAAUCCUGGAAAUUAUGUUUUGAAAAGAGUAAUAAAUACAGUGAACGGAUACCGAAGAAAACUAUUCGACUCAUGGCACUGAUUCCUCUGUCGACUUAUAAGAAUUAGUCCCAGAUCUCCAUGUUUGCCUGACCAGCGGGAGACUACUGAUUUUUGCUACAAAAUGAUGGUGAUAUGGGUUGUUGAUGCUAAAUGACAUAACAUUUAUGGCUUGAAAGAAGAUGGCAAUGCCUCAUGCAAUGAACACCAUUUUCCAUUUUUCCAUUUGCCAUUCGGGAGGUAUUCUAAUGGAACUAGAAUCCAAGGCUGUGUAGGUGUGGAUUUGUCUUUGACAUCAUGGGUUGUGGAGGCUCCAGGACAGAUGUAUUGGAGCCAAGAUAUAUGGAGAGCUGGACCAAAGAGACAGAGUCCACUUGGCUGACCAGCACAGAUACAGAUAUACCUCUGUCCUCCAUCCAGAGCAUUCCCUCAGAAAACUCUUCAGAGGUGGGCUUCCCAUCAGAGAAAACUGCCAACCUUGAUCUCUUUGAUGAUGGCCUGCCUGCUCCAGCUCAGGCAUAUCUGAAAGUGUGUUCUGCCGGCACCACUCCUGCAAUACUCUCUUCUCAAGAGCAGGAAGUGUUAUCUUCUUCUGCUACCACAGUGCAGAGGAGAAGUGUGUUGCGAACUGAGGAAAUUACCAAAUGGCAGGACAACAGGAUGUCCACCAAGCAAGUGACCAUCACUGUGACUCAAAGUAUACGGCAGGUGGACAAGAGCGGGAAGAUCAAGGAGACAUCGCAAACCACCUACGAGGUCAUGAAACCGGCAGAAGGUCUGAUGGACUCAGCACUUGACUCAGUGCCUCAAUGAGGUGGAUAAGCAAAAACUAGUGAAGAUGUCAUGGACCAAAGAAGUAAAAAGCAGGGAUGACCUAAAUGAAGAAGUUCAUCAGUGC